CGGCCCACGCCGAGCGACCGCGACCCCGCCCCGCCCCGUGCCCAGGGGUCCCGGGGCGGGCUGCGGGCUGCGGAGCGGCGGACGAUGCAGCGGCGCUGUCGGAGCGGCAGCGGCGGGCGGCGGAGGCGGAGGUGACGCGCCGCGGCGGUGGCGGCGGGCCGACGGCCAUGCAGCGCUCGCGGACGGCCGCGGACGACGCGGCUCUGCUCCUGGCCGGGCUGGGCCUGCGCGAACCGGAGCCGACCGCCGACUCCCCGGGGCGCGUGCGGCGCGGGCCUCGGGCCGCCGACGAGGCGGCGCCCGCGGCGGGCCGCAGAGGCAAGGGCGGCGGCGGAGGCGGUGGCCUCGAGGCCGCGCCCGACGUCCCCAGCCGCCCCGAGCGAGGCCCGCGCGCCAGCCUGGCGGGCUCGGACGGCGGCAGCGCGCGCUCCAGCGGCAUCAGCCUGGGCUACGACCAGCGCCACGGCCCCGGUCCCGGGCCGCCGUCGGGGGGCAGUGCGCGCUCCAGCGUGUCCAGCCUGGGCUCCCGCGGCUCAGCGGGCGCCUAUGCCGACCUGCUGCCGCCCGGCGUCGGCCCCGCGCCUGCCCGCUCUCCGGAGCCCGCCCCGUUCCCGUUGCCGUCGCUUCCGCUCCCCCCGGGCCGGGACAGUGGCCCGAGCGCGGCCGAGCGGCGGCUGGAAGCACUCACGCGGGAGCUGGAGCGCGCGCUUGAGGCUCGCACGGCGCGAGACUACUUCGGCAUCUGUAUCAAGUGUGGGCUUGGCAUCUACGGAGCAAGGCAGGCGUGCCAGGCAAUGGGGAGCCUGUAUCACACCGACUGCUUCAUCUGUGACUCCUGUGGGAGACGACUCCGUGGGAAGGCCUUCUAUAACGUGGGUGAGAAAGUGUACUGCCAGGAGGACUUCCUGUACUCCGGGUUCCAGCAAACUGCUGACAAGUGCAGCGUGUGUGGACACCUUAUCAUGGAGAUGAUCCUACAGGCCCUUGGCAAGUCCUACCACCCGGGUUGCUUCCGCUGCUCAGUGUGUAACGAGUGUCUGGAUGGCGUUCCCUUCACCGUGGACGUGGAGAACAACAUCUACUGCGUUAGAGACUACCACACGGUGUUUGCUCCAAAAUGUGCUUCCUGUGCCCGCCCUAUCCUCCCUGCCCAGGGCUGUGAGACAACCAUUCGUGUGGUGUCCAUGGACAGAGACUACCACGUGGAGUGUUACCACUGUGAGGAUUGCGGGCUCCAGCUGAGCGGGGAGGAAGGACGCCGCUGCUACCCCCUGGAGGGGCAUCUGCUCUGCCGCCGGUGCCACCUGAGGCGCCUCGGACCAGGCCCACUCCCCUCGCCCGCUGUGCAUGUGACUGAGCUCUGAAAAGCAGCCAUCCGGAGAGAAGGGUGACCCACGCUCCUUCUGUCUUCUCCCCUCCACCGAGCUGCUGUCUCUUCCGCAGGGGCCGGACCCCCGCGUCAAAUAAGCGACUUCUAUUUAUUCACCUUCCGUGCCUCAAGCCACUUCCCCUGCUGGGUUCCAGGACACCUGCACCCUGCAGCCUUGGGAUAGGCCACCUUCUUCCGCCUGGCCUCAGCUCCCAGAGACAGGGCUUGGAGGGCCUUGGUGCCAUGGGGGAAGGGUGCCUUAUUUGUGUGCAACCACAGCCAGGGCAGUGACACCUGGGAAACACCGGGUUUGGCCUUGAGGGUGUUUCAGCCACAGGUCUCUCUGGAUCCUGGCAGAGGUGGUGCCUUUCUAGCAUCCUCAGCCUCAGAAGACCCUGAGCGAAUCCCAGGCACAGAGAGCGAGCCCACCAGGGCUCCCUGCGACCCCGGGGAGCAUCUGUGCACACUGUAUCCAGCUCUACCACAAAACCAUGUGAUUUGACUUAAAUUAAGUUCCCCCCACCCCCGAGGAUGUUUGCAUUUUCUUUAAAAGAAUAUAGUUUUCUUCUAAAAACUUGGA